GUCGAGGGUCGAGUCUUUUUGAAUUCCCCGUCGCCUAGCAAUCAACCGAGUUGCGAUUGUCGCGUGUUCGACCUAAGCUCGAGAGUGUAGAUCUUGAUAAGAUUUCUGCCGCCUGUCACGGGCGCAUCCCACCUCGAUGGACGAUCAAAUGUCUAGCUACCCGGAGCCCGACAGCCAGCAGCAUUACACGCUGUAUCCUGCUCCGGGUCAGCAACCAUUGCUGGACCCUGUCCAACAGGAACAAUUGCAAUUCAGUCAGCUCGGUCAACUUGGUCAAGCCAUCUACCCUAAGGCGGAAGGUGAAGUAGAUCCGAAUGCGCCAAACCACAUCGAACAGCGGAUCGAGCAAUUGCAGCAACAACCACCGCACCCUCAACCUCAACACCAGCACCAGCAUCAGCACCCUCUCCAACACCACGACCAACAACAGCAUGACCAACACCAACAACAACCUCUCCCGCCUCCACCUCCACCAAUCGCUCAACCGCAAGGUCCCCAAGUCCAAGGGGAGACUCCCCAGAAGGCCAAUCGCCUACGCAAAGCAUGCGACUCGUGCAGUAUUCGCAAAGUGAAGUGUGAUGAAUCGGGUCCACCAUGCAGAGCUUGCGCCGCUCUAGAAAUUCCCUGUACAUUCGAACGACCCAGCCGUCGCCGUGGCCCUCCCAAUAGGCAUGCAGAAGCCAUCAAACGCCGCCGUCUCGAGGAGUCUCCGCAUAUUAGUGGCCAGUCGACACCCUCCUCUCCGACCCAUGCCGCACAAGCUCUGGCAGCUCUGUCCUCACAUCCCUCUCAUCCUCCAAUCUCUGCCGAGGCCAUUUGCGACAUCCAGACCUUGGACCUCCUUGUGAACGACUUCUUCACCUACGUCCACCCGCUAUGCCCAUUCCCACACGAGCCCAGCUUCCGUGAGGCUUGGAAGAGAAGAGAAGACUACAACAAUCGUGCAUUUUUGGCCUUGCUUUCCUCCAUGGUCGCUGCUCUCGUAGCUUCGUUCCCACGAAAGCCAAGAUUGCACCUGAAGGCUCAGCGCAGAGAUGUCGACUUCCCCAAUCACAUGGCACUUGUCUUGAAGUGUCAGAAAGUAUGCGCCGACGCUAGGGGACCAGGCUACCUCGACAACGAGAACUUGAGUGUUCAUGAUGCUGCCACUAGCUAUUUCCUUGGCCUUGCAGCCUGCUACACUUUCAGAUGGCGCCAAUGUCGCUUAUACUGGAGUGAGUGUUUGACCAUCAUCCGCGCUCUUGGACUACACAAGCCGACCGAGCAGAACUUUACGCGACUGGGCAUGCUUCCAGCUGCAGUAGGCUCCAACGGUCCAAACGUAGAGGGAAAUCGUGACGACGUCCUUGACAACAUCACCCUAGAAAUGGGCAGACGAAUCUUCUGGACCAUGUUCGUCAGCUCAAAGACGAUUCAUCAGUGCGGCUCUGCCUUCAGCGAACUCGUCAUUCCGCCCGAGACUCACUCCAUGCCCUACCCUCCACUUCCCGUUGAGGUCGACGACUUCUGCAUCUUCCCUGGACACAUCGAGCCGCAGCCACCAGGUCUAGUCCCGAUGAUUGCUGGUUUCAAUGCUAAUGUUAAAAUCUUCAUGUCUUACAACCCUCUAUCCACCAUGGAAUUGGCCUGGGGCAUUGACGCGCUGGUUGACGUUGAGCGUCAAAAGAAGGUUCUUCGUGACUCGCUGGAAAGAUGCAAAUCAGCCAUCAGGGAUCUGCCGCCUGUACUUGUCAUCUGGCCGACUGACAACAAUCCUUUCGCCAAUCACAACGGAAACGAGCUCGGCCUUGACUUUUCAAACACAUCGUAUGCACGCGAUCCAGCAACUCUAAACCCCAACACGGUGGACGCCACGCCUGAGGACCGUAGAAGACGACAGUACGAGAUUCAGAAGGCUAACAUCCAUGGGAGUGGCCUCUGUACGAGGUCAUACAUUGUCGAAAAGUACUUUACUCUGAUCGAGGCGCAGGCCAGGAGUAAGCUCCAGGCAGAGAACGCGGAAUCCGGCUUGUCUAGCGAAGUAGCUGCAGAGCUUGAUGGUCUGCUUUCAGAUGGAGCGGCUUCUGCCGAUGCUCUUGAUCGUGAGAUGUCGGAAGAGCGCGAAGGCAUUGUCAGAGACUUGCUUUCUGUUCUGAGCAGUAUUGACAGGGUGAACAUGGAGCCCAACGCAGACAGCCUUACAACAAAGAUUCGCGUUGUAGCGAGCACCCUCCUGGAAGUGCCCAAGUCACGCAAGGGACAAGUGGCGCAACAAGCCGAGCAAUAUCUUGCAGCUUUCCUUGAGAUUCUUGUCAAGCUGGAGCGUGUGAACCCUGGACACGACGAUCCUCUCAACCCUAAUGACGAGGAAUCAGAGUUGCGAAACUGGGCGGACCUCCGAGAAUACCAACUCAAGUUCGCACAGCAGGGCGGACUAUCUAGUCUUGGUUGAUUGAGAGUGGACGUUGUCUAGAAGGAAUGGGCGUUCACGGGUAUAAUCUAUUGCUAGCAACGUGUAUAAGGGACUUGUGGCUGGGAUUAAUGGCGAUGAAGCCGGGAUGGCUUUGCAUCAAAAGCGAGCAUGCUGUACAUUAGGAUAUAUCAUAAUUGCUUGACGUUCUUCAACU